AUGAGGCUUCGCCUGGGGCUCUUGUAUGGACAUCUUGCACGAAUAUUCAAGAUCUCUGUGUCCUGUGUAUGCAACCAGGUGUCAUACUUGCUCGAACUGCUUAGCAGAAUUAUGAAGCACGUUGUGAUCUGGCUGCCAAAAUCGCUCAUUCAGAACAGCAUCCCACAGUCCUUUUUGGAAAAUGGCCACAGUGACACAACUUGCAUUGUUGAUUGCACCGAGGUGUCCUUGCAGCGCCCCAGAAAGCUAAUAGCUAGGGCGCAGACAUUCAGCAGUUACAAAGCACACAAUACUGUAAAGUUUCUUGUCGCUAUCGCCCAAAAUGGGUUCAUUAUGUUUGUCUCAAAAGCUUAUGGAGGACGUUCCUCGGACAAGUUCAUCACGAAUGACAGCGGAAUCAGCGACUUCCUGCUGUACGGUGAUGUUGUCAUGGCAGACCGUGGCUUCGCAUUGACAGACGAGAUGCAGCUACAAGGUGUUCGACUGAACAUGCCUGCAUUUACGAAACGAAAACCACAACUGAGCAACAAAGAAGUGACGAGCACAAGACGAAUUGCGUCUGUUCGAAUUCACGUCGAGCGUGCGAUCAACCGGAUCAAGUCAUACAGGAUCCUUAAACAAGCACUUCCUGUUCACUCAAAGAAAAUCAUUAGCGACAUGGUAUUUGUAUGCGCAGGACUCUGCAACAUGAAGUCAGAGUUAAUCAAGAAGCCAAGUGGUUAGGAAAAUAACGAUGCUUCAUUCUGCACUUCUACAUCCUAAAGGCCCCCCAACACCAAAGUUU